GUGUGUACUGAUCCGAUUCUACUGUCUGAUUUGACUGACUUGAAUAUCGUAAAUUAUUUGCCAGCUGGGCGGUUCCGAUAUUUUUUUACCUCCUAUUAUUAUUAUAUUUAAAGUUCCUUUUGCAAGUGUAUCAGUUUAAUAUUCUUACCAGUUGGUUUACGCUCUGUAAAACUUAAUGCUGGAGUCCACACCUGCCCUUGCGAGCGCAACGUAAUUCAGAAUUUCAUAUUAAAUAAAGAGUGGAGCGCGCGGUGAGCAGGGGCGCGACCGAAGCCAGUACUAUAUGGCAGUUCCCGUAUCACCAUGAAAGUGGACGCCGACGCGAGGGAAGCGCCCGCCGCGCCCGUCGUCACUCCGGGAACGCCGAUCUCUAACUGCCAGGUGCAAGAAAGUGACGCGAUUCCGACGCCCGAAAGGGCUUUACUCGCCAAACUGGAAGAAGAAAAUAGAAGGAUCGAAGCGGACGCCAAGUCCCUCACUACAGUACACAGCCGCAAGAGCUCUGACACAUCACAGAUAUCACUAGCCUCGGCAACGAGUUCCAGUCAUGAUGCGGAGCCCCGUGUCAGCAGCGGCAGUAACGGUGAAGAGGACCUCUGGGGCCUCUGGGGCCGAAUCGUCAGCAACUGGGAGACAGAAUGGAAGCGACGAAAUCAGUUCGUACGCGACCUGGUACGCCAGGGUGUACCACAUCACUUUAGGGGAAUUGUCUGGCAAUUGUUGGCCGGAGUAGAUACUUCACCAGAAAAGAAACUUUAUGCUACGUAUAUUAAGGCAAAAUCGGCUUGUGAGAAAGUGAUACGUCGCGACAUUGCACGUACUUAUCCCGAACACGACUUCUUCAAAGAGAAAGAUGGACUAGGCCAGGAGUCUUUGUUUAAUGUUAUGAAAGCGUAUUCGUUGCACGACCGAGAGGUUGGAUAUUGCCAGGGCUCUGGAUUCAUCGUAGGAUUACUUCUUAUGCAAAUGCCAGAGGAAGAGGCUUUCGCGGUUCUUGUAAAAAUAAUGCAACAGCAUCGUAUGCGCGACAUGUUCAAGCCUAGCAUGGCGGAGCUGGGUCUCUGUAUGUUUCAAUUAGAAAAUCUGGUACAGGAACUAUUGCCAGAGCUACAUGUACACUUUCAGUCUCAGAGUUUUAGUACAUCUAUAUAUGCGAGUAGUUGGUUCCUGACAUUGUUUACAACUACGUUAUCGUUGCCACUCGCUUGCCGUAUUAUGGAUGUAUUCCUUUCUGAAGGGAUUGAAAUAGUGUUCAAAGUAGCCCUAGCUAUGCUCACGCUUGGAAAAAAUGAUCUGUUAUCACUCGAUAUGGAAAACAUUUUAAAGUACAUACAAAAAGAAUUGCCAGCGAAAGCGGAGGCCGACCAAGACGCCUUCAUGAAUUUAGCUUACUCAAUCAAAGUUAACCCAAAGAAAAUGAAGAAGUUAGAAAAAGAAUACACUGUGAUUAAAACGAAAGAACAGGGUGAUAUUGCUGUACUUAGGUGUUUACGUCAAGAAAAUCGACUACUGAAGCAAAGAGUAGAAUUAUUAGAAAAGGAAAGUUCGUCUUUGGCUGAAAGAUUAGUGAGAGGGCAAGUGGACCGUGCAGAGGGAGAAGAAGAGACUUUUGCUCUCGCUCGAGAAGUCCAAGCUCUGAGACGUGCUAAUAUGGAUGCACAGCAAAGGCUCGCCGUCGCACAAGACGAGAUACGCUCUCUAGAAAUGACCAUAGCAGAGGGUAAUUCCCGUCAGUCAUCAUUGGAAGGCACCGAGGGUGGUAGCACUGCGAAAGGCGAAGAACUAGCCCGAUGUCUCCAACGAGAGUUGGUGAGGGCUCGACUCCACGCGGCUGAACGUGAAGCUGCCGAGCGGGAGUUGACCGCUAGAAUAUCGGAGCUCGAGAAUGAAAACAAAAGCUUACGCCGGCAACGAGUAGACAACAACGUCGCACAUUUACAGGAUGAACUUAUUGCUGUGAAAUUACGCGAGGCUGAAGCGAACCUCUCAUUGAAAGAGUUGCGUGAACGGGUCAAGGAAAUAUCCGAGGCGUGGCAGAGGCAUCUUCAAGAGCAUAGACAGGAAGCGCCUGCACCACCUGUACAGUCCAAUGUCGUGUCAGAUAUAAUGGCAACACCAAAAAAACUACUAAGAGCGUGGGAGGGACGAUCGGCUGACACUCAGAAACUUGAAGAAGAUUUGAUGACCACUAGGAUCAGAGAGGUCGAGGCUCUCACGGAAUUGAAAGAGCUAAGGCUCAAGGUUAUGGAGCUGGAAACUCAAGUGCAAGUUUCUACGAAUCAGCUUAGGAGACAAGAUGAAGAAGCGCGCCAACUACGGGAAACUCUUGACUCGGCAUUACAACGCGAACGAGCGUUACAAGCACGCCAAAGGGAAUUCCAACACAAGUAUGCCGACCUAGAGAGCAAGGCUAAAUAUGAUUCGAUGCAAGCUAACAUAAGAAACAUGGAAGACGCACAAAGGAUAGCAGAGCUUGAAACAGAAGUGUCCGAAUAUAAAAUAAAGAAUGAAGUAAUGGCGACAGAAGGAGAACUCCGAAGCAAUAAUAUGGAUGACUCUGACAGAGUGCGCGAGUUGCAAGAACAGGUCGCUGAACUAAAGGCUGAGGUCAUGAGAUUAGAGGCUUGGAGAGCGCGUGCGCUCGGUCACACGGAGAUGAGUCGCGCCAUCUCUGUAGAGGAGGAUCUCGAGGAGGACGACAAAUUGAAACUUAUUCUACGCCGGGAAUCGUCCGCCUCACUAGACUUGCCACCCACACCGCGGAAGACGACGUAG